AUGACGCUCCACCCCUCGUUGUCAUCCCGCCCUAGCUCGAGUAGACGAGCUCACCUCAAGAAUGCAGUUUUCCUACCAAUAGCUGGACUACUACCCUGGGGGAAGCCUCGCUGCAUUCACUCAAUCUCGAAAACCACCUCAAUCCGGACAGAACUUCCCAUAGAGCUGUGGCUUCAAAUCAUCGAGCUGGUGUUGAAACCCUCGUUCGCGACCGACGAGACAUUUCAACCUGAGAAUCUCUACUUCUUCUGCCUUAGUCUCAUCAUUCACCAAUUUUCAAACCCAUCUCUUGCUCAUUCCCGUCUGGCACGCUGUACACUGCGCCUUGUCUCGCGGUCGUUCAAGGCGAUGGUAGACGAGGUCAGUCCAAGAGUACGGUCGCAAUGGAUUCUCUCGUACUCUCGAGAUAACGCCACUACGUAUCCACCAUGUAUUCGCUUGGACAAAAAGUUUAGGAAUUACGAGGAGUUAUCUGCUGGAAAGCCAUACCCACACCCAGUCCAGACAUUGGUGUUGCAGGACAUGCCGAUGAGGCUAGGGGACCAGGAGACGGGGCGUUUGAUAUCUGGCACCAUUCAACGACCGUCGAGAUUGACAACGCUGCAUCUCUCUUUCAUGCCCGCACCCUCUCAGACCGCAGAGUUUCCCAUGUCGAUGCUCAGCGCGUUGCCGUCUUUGCAGACGCUGAGCGUCGCCAGUCACAAAGAUAUCCUGCUCAAUGGACCACUUCUGUUACCCAACCUCGUAAACCUAUUCCUCAUCUGCCAGAUGGUGCCGACAUCCGACCUCAGCGAAUGGAGGUUCCCGAGUCUAGCCACCCUGUCGAUAGAUACGCGAGGAUGGCCACAAAGUACGGGAACCUCGAUCCUCCAACAACACUGUGAUCUCAUCGGCAGACACCGUGAAACGAUACUCAGUUUGCGUAUUUCCCCUGUAAUGGAAAGAGAGAUGAGAGUCAGGCUGCGCGCCCACCUUGAGGCCAUGCCACGCCUAGAGUCUCUUGCGACUGAUUUUGUCUACUACAAUCCAUUCCCUCAUGGCAGUCCAGCGCCACCGGCCAGCUUGCGAUCCUUGGUCCAUAUUUCCAGCAGCAGUUUGUGGACCUCACAGGCCAUCGCCAGUGUCCUUGUCACAAUAAUAGAGCACACAAAAUCUAUCGACACUCUCACUCUUGCCGAGGAGCCUUUUCGCCAGACGCCUGGCGUGGAUCCUAAUCGUACAGAGAAGAAUACCGCUGCAUUGAAAAGGCUACAUGCAAUUUGCCUCUCCAGGAAAAUUGCGGUAUACGGAAACAUGGGUGUAAAGUAUUGCUGCGUGCUCAAGGCCAUGGCCCAAAUCGGGAACUUGCGGUUAGAGCAGAUUCAAGCAUGGUAUCCUCGUGGUUAUUAG